GACUCCGGGAGGUUUGAAGGAGCGGCGCGCUGAGCUGGGUGGCUCGGCUGCCGCUGAGAUGUCGGUGCUGAGGCCGAUGGACAAGCUGCCCGACCUGAACCGGGCCACCAUCUUGCUGGUGGGCACGGAGGAUGCGCUUCUGCAGCAGCUGGCGGAGUCCAUGCUCAAAGACGACUGUGCGUCCGAGCUGAGGGUCCACUUGGCCAACUCCCUCCCUUUGCCCUCUGACGUGAACCGGCCCCGAAUUGACCUGAUUGUGUUUGUGAUUAACCUUCACAGCAAACACAGCUUCCAGAAGGUAGAGGAAUCUCUGAACCAUGUGGACAGUCGCUUCUUCCUGGGGAAAGUCUGCUUCCUUGCCACAGGGGGUGGAGAGCUUUCGAGCCACCACGGCCCAGCGCCUGGUACGCAUGCUGCAGAUCUGCGCUGGCCACGUGCCCGGUGUCUCAGCGCUGAACCUGCUGUCUUUGCUGAGGAGCUCCGACAGCCCCCUGUCCAAGGAGUCGUGAGCACUGCUGCCCUCCCCGCGUUUGGCUCUAGCUCUGUAAGCAAUCACUGUUGGUGAAGACCAGUCAGGGCCUGGCAGGCCCGGGAGGCGGCCUGCUCACUGCAGGGCUGAGUGAGCUCUGCUCUACCAGGCAGUGCAGUGCUGGGCAGGAAUGGGGAAGGGAGCCCCAUGAUUGGAAUCCCAUGCCUCCCAACUCACCCCACAGAGGCCCACAUCUUCACCUGUCUGGCGGGCUGCAUCCACUGAAGAUUUCUUUGGAACAAAGAGCCAUGACUUUAAAAAAAAAAAAAAACCUGAAAAUCUGUCUCAUCCACCAUUUGACUUUGUAAAUGAGGAAACUGACUCAGUGCAAUUAAAGGGAGAGCGUGGCUUCCAGGAUCCCAGAGAAGUGUCACGUGCUGGCCCUGCUUCUUAUAA